AUGGGUUCCUCAGCGCCACUGGCCAUUGCGGAUAUAUGCGACGCUAAUUCUCACUUACUCACAAACGGUGAGCUUCGUCCCCUCCCACCCAUCUUCCAGAUCUACGGGAGGAAGAAGGCUUUCUCCGGCCCCGUGGUGACGGUCAAGUGCUUCGAGGACAACGUCCUGGUCCGCGAGCUCGUUGCGCAGAAGGGCCACGGCAGGGUCAUGGUGAUCGACGGCUGCGGGAGCCUGCGGAGCGCCAUCAUCGGCGGCGUCCUCGCCAAGAGGGCGGAGAACAACGAGUGGGCCGGCAUCGUGGUCUACGGCUGCAUCAGGGACGUCGACGACGUCAACCUCUGCGACAUUGGCGUCCGAGCUCUCGGCUCGUACCCUGUGAAGCCAGGCAAGAAGGGCAAUGGUGAGAAGCACGUCCCCGUGACCAUUGCGGGAAUCAGAGUCUGCGAAGGCGACUGGCUCUAUGCCGACAGCGACGGUAUUCUCGUCUCAACUUCGGAAAUGACCGCGUAG